GAGAAGUGUAGCAGGGCUGUCUCUUGUUUUUCUCUAUCUCUCCCCUCCCUCAUGCUUUCUCAAUAUUUCUCAAUUGAUAAAUGCCUGCAACAACUUAAACAAAUACAAAUAAAUUCAUAAAAUUGUAAAAAUUAAAAAAAAAAAAAAAGGAGAGAGAGCGCUCCACCUUGAAGACCAAGGUCUUGAUUCGCCGCCUCCAGGCAGGGUCCAGAUGCCACCCGAACAUCCCCACCCGGCUCCAGCACUUGCUCCUUCUGGGCCCUGCGCGCCCCCGCGGGCCCUCACGCGCGUCCCCGUCGCGCAGGCCCCGCCCCUUCCGGCGCGGGAGGUUUGAUUCCCUUGGCGGGCGGAAGCUGCCGCGGCGCGCUGGGGAAAAGCUGCCUAGUUUCCCGGUCUGCACUCCCGCUGGUGCCACUGCCCUUCUCCUGGCCCCUGACCCAGCCGGCCCUCCGCCCGUCAGGUCAGUGUCUCCUGCCGUAGAUUCGUUUUGUAAUUUUGAAUAAACUUAUAGGAGGACUAUGAAGGAUUAUGAUGAACUUCUCAAAUACUAUGAAUUAUAUGAAACUAUUGGGACAGGUGGCUUUGCAAAGGUCAAACUUGCCUGCCAUAUCCUUACUGGAGAAAUGGUAGCUAUUAAAAUCAUGGAUAAAAAUGCUCUAGGGAGUGAUUUGCCCAGGGUUAAGACAGAGAUUGACGCCUUGAAGAAUCUGAGACAUCAGCAUAUAUGUCAACUCUACCAUGUGCUAGAGACAGCCAACAAAAUAUUUCUGGUUCUUGAGUAUUGCCCUGGAGGGGAGCUGUUUGACCACAUAAUCUCUCAGGAUCGGCUGUCGGAGGAGGAGACCCGUGUUGUCUUCCGCCAGAUAGUAUCUGCAGUUGCUUAUAUGCAUAGCCAGGGCUAUGCUCACAGGGACCUCAAGCCAGAAAAUUUGUUGUUUGAUGAAUAUCAUAAAUUAAAGCUGAUUGACUUUGGUCUCUGUGCAGAACCCAAGGGUAAUAAGGAUGACCAUUUGCAGACUUGCUGCGGGAGUCUUGCUUAUGCAGCUCCUGAAUUAAUACAAGGCAAAUCAUAUCUUGGAUCAGAGGCUGAUGUGUGGAGCAUGGGCAUACUGUUCUAUGUACUCAUGUGUGGCUUUCUACCCUUCGAUGAUGAGAAUGUCAUGGCUCUGUACAAGAAGAUUAUGAGAGGAAAAUAUGAGACUCCUAAGUGGCUCUCUCCAAGCAGUACCCUGCUUCUUCAACAGAUGUUACAGGUGGACCCAAAGAAACGAAUUUCGGUGAAAAAUCUAUUGACCCACCCCUGGAUCAUGCAAGAUUAUAAUUGUCCUGUUGAAUGGCAGAGCAAGACUCCGCUUAUUCACCUUGAUGAAGAUUGUAUAACGGAACUUUCAGUACAUCACAGAAACUCCAGGAAAACAAUGGAGAAUUUAGUUUCAUUGUGGCAAUAUGAUCACCUCACAGCUACCUAUCUUCUGCUUCUUGCCAAGAAGGCUCGGGGGAAACCAGUGCGUUUAAGGCUUCCGUUUUCCUGUGGACAAGCCAGUGCUUCCCCAUCCAUGAGCACUAAGUCAAAGAAUCUGAGUCUAGAAGAGAUGACUACAAGUGAUGAAAAUUGUGUGGCUGGACUAACAGACUAUGACUGGUGUGAAGAUGGCUUUUCAGCAGGUGUGGGUACUCCCCAGACACCCCAGUUUGCCAAGCAUUGGACAGAAUCAAAUGGCCUGGAAUCUAAACCAUUAACUCCAGUAUUAUGCAAAGCAUCUGCCAAUAAAUUAAAGAACAAAGAGAAUGUACACACUCCUAAGUCUGCUAUAAAGAAUGAAGAGUGUUUUGUAUUUCCUGAGCCAAAGACUCCGACUAAUAGGAGCCAGCAUAAAAGGGAAAUACUCACUACACCAAAUCGUCACACUACACCUUCAAAAGCUAAAAACCAGUGCCUGAAAGAAACACCAGUUAAAACACCGGGAACAGAGAAGUUAAUGACAGGUGUCAUUAGCCCAGAGAGGCGGUGCCGCUCAGUGGAACUGGAUCUCAACCAAGUACAUGUAGAAGAUACUCCCAAAAGAAAAGGAACCAGAGUAUUUGGGAGUCUGGAAAGGGGGUUGGAUAAGGUUAUCACUGUCCUUACCAGGAGCAAAAGGAAGGGCACUGGGCUGAGGAGACUAAAGCCUCAGUAUAAUGUGACAACAACCAAGUUAGUGAAUCCAGACCAACUCUUGAAUGAAAUAAUGUCUAUCCUUCCAAAGAAGCAUGUUGACUUUAUACAAAAGGGCUAUACACUCAAGUGUCAAACACAGUCAGAUUUUGGCAAAGUGACAAUGCAGUUUGAACUAGAAGUGUGCCAGCUUCAGAAACCCGAUGUGGUGGGUAUCAGGAGGCAGCGGCUUAAGGGUGAUGCCUGGGUUUACAAGAGAUUAGUGGAAGACAUCCUGUCUAGCUGCAAGGUAUAACUGGUGAAUGAUUCCCAUCCUGCGGGAUGAGAACGGGGGUGAUGCCACCUACACGAGACUGCUAUGGCUGCUUUGGCUUAUUCUAACGUCCACUAGAACUACAGACGUCAGAGCUAUCUUAAAAAAACAAUGUCUUUUUGUUUAUAAACAAAAGAUAUUGCUUCGUGGAUGAAUGUAAGGCAAGUAAUGUAAGACACUCUGUUCCUGUCUUUUAAAGUCACGCAGCCUUAUACGUUACUGUUGACUUUCCCAGAUUCACUUCCAUGUAUGAAUGUCAAUUCUUAAGUAUGUUUCCUUUUAAUGUGUGAUUUCUCUCUGAAAUAAAACCAUUUGUGAAUAUGG